AUGAGGGAAGUCAAUUUCAGCAUACCCAAUGCCAACAAGGCCUCUGUCGGGAUCACUACCGCCCUUUAUGACCGCAGGGCGCUCGACUGCACUUCUACUUUGUCCCUCAUAAAUUCACUCAACAACCUUGCAUACCUCACAACAUCGUCUGGCCGCAUUCGGGACAUCCUUACCGUCGAUGGCGGUAUUGAGCGACUGGUAUGCAUUCUCAAGGAAGGCAGAAGCAAGGAGAACAUGGAGAUGUGGAAGUGGAAUCUGGCUUUCCAAUGCAUUGUAAACAUCGGUGUACGAGGCUCUGAAGCAGUACGAACACGAGUGGUCGAGGCGGAUAUGGUGCCUGUCAUUGCGACUAUCCUGGACAACUAUGUACAGGUGAUGGAGAAGCUGAAGGAGAGACAAGAGCUUGAGAGCAGGCGAAGAUGCCCAUUCGGCUCAUCGAAAGGCUUCUCGCGCAGCUCUAGCAGAGUCGAUGCCGCGGAUCAACAUGCAGCUCGCUCAAGACGGCAUGCGCCACCCCCAAUCGCCAUUCCAGAACCAGAUAACGACCCGGAACAAGACGAGCCACUCAGUGAGAUCACGCCGACUGGUCCGACCUCAGUACUGUCCCUCAGUACACCGCCCGAGAGGACCACUUUUCCACGACAGCAUAACCAUCAGAGAUCUCAUGGCGGUCCUUCACACUUCUCCUCACCUAGCCUUGGCUCAAGCCGAGCAUCUGUAGAGACACCUCUUUCUGCAAUGCCAUUGCGCGGCAACGCCACGAGUUCAUUUGGCUUGAGGCCAGUACGCGACAUCGACCGCUUACCAUCUAUGGUACCAACGUUGCACGCGGAACUAAGCUCACAGCCACAAAGCCCGACUACACCAGUAGCUCGGCCAGGCAGUCCUCAAGCUUCAACGAGUGGCACACGGCAGAGGCCGCGGCCCUCUAUUCGUCAUCAGCUAUCCAUCUCAGGAUCAGAUGAUGACGGCCAAAUAGACGAGUCACCAAGCGAUAACUCGACUCCGCCGGCUGAAGUUCCGACAGAGCCUGUAGUAGGCUUCCAAGCUGACAUUGUCAUGCAAGACAUUGUGGACGAUGAGAGCUUGCUUGAGCCUCAACGCGAGUCGGUAACUCUAGCCGAUGUAACAGGCGCAGACGACGAGACUUUCAGCAUCACACACAGAGCAUCCCUUGAUGGCAGCACUAACCCUGCUGUCACACCUACACAAGGACAGCUACCGUUUCCACAGACACAGAUGCCACCACCAGUCAACGCUGUAAACGCAACACCACCGAACAUGCAGCAAGUACCCGCAUGGUAUCCAUCACGACUCACGCUCGACCGACCAACGAUCCCUUCGACACUCGCCCACGCCAUGCCUCGAGACGAAGACGUCCUCAUGUCGCUACAGCUUCUAGCAUACGUCUCCAAAUACUGCAACCUCCGAACAUACUUCCAGAAAUCUCACCUCGUCCCUCGACUGAAGAUUGGAUCCGAUCUCCGCGUCCUAGAACCUGACUACGACCCUUCGAUCGACACAGGCCCGACUCAAGAAGAGCUAGAUGAGGAGUGGGACAAUGAGUUCGUGGCACAGCCACUGUUCAACAUCUUCCCAUUGAUCGAAAAGUUCACGGCCAAGCCCUCCUCAUCCUCAUCCCGACACUCGCACUCUGCAUCAACGCCGCAUUCUCCACAACAAGGCGAUAUGCAGUAUUGGGCAGGUGUAGUCAUGCGCAACCUCUGCCGCAAAGAUGAUAGUCGUGGCGGCAUAAGGCAAUGCGCAUACUGGCAGUGCGGCAAGUGGGAGGAGUUUACACGACAGUUUGCGAAGUGCCGGCGUUGUUUUGGUGUGUAG